AUGGCCUGUGUGCAUGAUGGAUAUUUUAUGCCGUAUGCUACUGAGGAACAGUGUGCUACUGUCUGCCCCUCGGAGACCGCAGGUCUGUACGAGCUGCUGGCUGCAUUGCCAGCCCAGCUGCAGCCACAUGUGGACAGCCAGGAAGACCUGACCUUCCUCUGGGAUAUGUUUGGUGAAAAAAGCCUUCAUUCACUGGUGAAGAUUCAUGAAAAACUCCAUUAUUACGAAAAACAGAACCCAGUGCCCAUACUCCAUGGUGCAGCAGCCUUGGCAGAUGAUCUGGCUGAGGAGCUGCAGAGCAAGCCACUGAGCAAUGAGAUCAGAGAGCUGUUGAAACUCCUCUCAAAACCCAAUCUCAAGGCUUUGCUCUCUGUACAUGAUACUGUUGCUCAGAAGAACUACGAUCCUGUCUUGCCUCCCAUGCCUGAUGAUAUCGAUGAGGAAGAAGACUCAGUUAAGAUAAUCAGGCUUGUCAAAAACAGGGAACCAUUGGGAGCUACUAUUAAAAGGGAUGAACAAACUGGUGCAAUUGUGGUGGCCAGGAUAAUGCGUGGAGGAGCUGCAGAUAGAAGUGGUCUUAUUCACGUUGGUGAUGAACUGAGAGAAGUCAAUGGAAUUCCAGUAGAUGAUAAAAAACCUGAAGAAAUAAUACACAUCCUGGCUCAGUCUCAAGGAGCGAUUACAUUUAAAAUUAUACCUAGUGUGAAGGAAGAAAUGCCAGUGAAGGAAGGCAAGAUGUUUAUCAGAGCCCUAUUUGACUAUGAUCCUAAUGAGGAUAAAGCAAUUCCUUGUAAAGAAGCUGGACUUGCUUUCAGAAAAGGAGAUAUCCUUCAGAUCAUGAGCCAGGAUGAUGCAACCUGGUGGCAGGCCAAACAUGAAGGUGAUGCCAAUCCCAGAGCAGGCUUGAUCCCUUCAAAGCAUUUCCAGGAGAGGAGAUUUGCACUAAGAAGACCAGAAGUGCAGAUUCAACCACUGAAAAUUUCCAACAGAAAGUCAUAUGAGGAAGCGAUUGAGUGUGAGGAAAUUGAAGAAGAUGCUGAAUGUGCUGGUUACAACAGUGGAUCCUAUCUAGCUGGUUUUAGAAGAAGCUUCCGUCUUAGCAGAAAAGACAAAAAAACAAACAAAUCCAUGUAUGAGUGCAAGAAGAGUGACCAGUAUGACACAGCAGACAUCCCAACGUAUGAAGAAGUAGCAAAAUAUAGACGACAGCCUAGUGACAAAUACAGGCUUGUAGUUUUGGUGGGUCCUGUUGGGGUUGGCCUGAAUGAACUGAAACGGAAAUUGCUGAUCAGUGACACCCAGCACUACGGGGUGACGGUGCCACACACUACCCGUCCAAGGAGAAGCCAAGAAAGUGAUGGUGUCGAAUACAUUUUCAUUUCCAAGCACUUGUUUGAGACAGACGUGCAGAAUAACAAGUUUAUUGAGUAUGGCGAGUAUAAGAACAACUACUACGGCACGAGCUUGGACUCUGUGCGAUCAGUUUUGGCUAAAAACAAAGUUUGCCUGUUGGAUGUGCAGCCUCAUACAGUGAAACACUUACGGACAUACGAAUUUAAACCAUUUGUUAUAUUUAUAAAGCCUCCAGCACUUGACCGUUUGAGAGAGACCAGAAAACAUGCCAAGAUUAUUUCAAGUAAAGAUGAUAAGGGUACUGCAAAACCCUUUACAGAAGAAGAUUUUCAAGAAAUGAUUAAAUCUGCCCAUGUGAUGGAGAGCCAGUACGGCCACCUCUUUGAUAAGGUGAUAGUCAACGAUGACCUCGCUACGGCUUACAGCGAGCUGAAAACAACUUUUGACAGGUUGGAGACUGAGACCUUCUGGGUUCCUGUCAGCUGGCUACAUUCCUAA